AUCCCCGCCCUUCAGAUGAAACCGCCAUCAUGAAAUCAAAAACAAGAAACUGACAGCAGGAGACACUGGAGGUCUGCGCUCCAAAACAAGGAUAAGCUGAUUGUCAGACAUCCUGCUAUAGUGCAGAUAUGAGUGAAGUGGCGGAGGAGGUGAUGGACAGCUCUGCAGUGUCAGAAGAAGAAGUGGAGGACCAGCAGGAGACGUCACAGAAGGAGUCAAGUCCUGAUAAAAGCUGCUCAUGGGGGGAAAUUAUUGAGGGGAAGCGAGCAAAGAAAUCUGUGGAGAGGCUUGACAUCCAGGCACCGAAGCAGAUGGAGAAGCUGAAGAUCGGAGAUGGAAGUGGAGAUAAACUAGGAGACAUUCCCCGUACCAGCUACCAGAUCGGGAGAAUGAAACCAGCUGAUCUGAAGCCUCUGCACACCAUCCUGUUUGACAGACCUGGAAAGAUGUCCACAAUAAGGAAGAACCUGCGACAGUUUAAUGGUUUUCCUUUUGACAUGGACAGCGAACAGUACACCAAAAAACGAGACAAACUUCUGAAGAAUUCACAUUUUACAAACACCAAACUGAAGGGUGUCUGUGUUGUUCUGGAUCUGGAGAAGAAAGGAACCCACUCAGAUCUGGUUGACAGAAUUUUGACUUUUCUCAUUUCGCCAAAAAACAGUGGAAAGCGUCUGCCCACAAAGAAGAAGAAGAAGUCAAAGAAAAAACUGUCCGGCGACGACUCGAAGACCAAAACCAAGAAGAAGAGCAAACCCAAACCCCACAGCUCGUCCAGUCCAAAGAAAUCUAAGGCAGGAAGUAAGUCCAAGGCCAUCGUCAUGGACUCCAGCAGCGAUGAAGAUGAGGACGAAGACGACGAGAAGGCGGGGGCUUCAGCCGAGGCGGAGGGGUCGGAUACAGAGGAGAAACCGUCUGAGAAAGAGGAGGACCAGUCAGACAAAUCAGAGCAGUCUGAUGAGGAUGAAGAUGAUGAUGAUGACGAUGAUGAGUCUCCCAAACCGACAUCAGGGCGAGGGAAGGGUGCGUCAAAGAAAUCAGCCCCAGUGAAACGACAGAGGACACCAGCGAAGAAGACGGCUCCUCCCAAAAAGAGGCCAAGAAAGGAGGCUUCGGAGUUGGACAGCGCCAGCGACUCUGACGAACAGCCGAAGAAGAAGAAACAAGUUGCCGCCAAACCAGCCGCUAAAACAAAGAAGGCUGACAGCAGCAGCAACAGCAAAAACAACACAAACACAGCAGAUGACAGUUCAGACGACGACGAGCCGCUCAUUAAGAUGAUUAAAAAGGCUCCGACCGACGAGCAGCUGAAGGAGACGGUGCAGAGUUUACUGAAGGAGGCAAAUCUAGAGGAGAUGACCAUGAAACAGAUCUGUCAGAAGGUAUUUGACACCUACUCAGACCACGACCUGACCAGCAAGAAGGACUUCAUCAAACAGACAGUCAAAUCUCUCAUCACAUGAACCUGAAGAUGAGGAAAUGCCCAACAGCUUCUUUUUUCAUUAGUUUCAUAUCACAUGGUUUGUUUUUAUACAUGGUUGUUUUUUCAUAAACGCUUGACUUGUUUAUAGGUUUUGAAAUUAACGCCACAUGAUCCGACAUUAACUUUUUUUAUGCAACACUUUGUACCUUCUGUCAAGUCCAAAGGAAAGAGGUGAUUUCUACAGAACACGGAAGAUAAAGUACAGUUCAGUCUUAAGUCAGUCAAAGGUUUUCAUGACAAAUUUAGGUUAAAACUUUGUGUUCAUCAGGUUUAAAAGAGCUACUGUUAAAAA